UGUCAGAGUUUCCUAACAGUUAACUGUUUUCCUUUAAAACAAAAAGCUCAGUUCCUAUACUAUUGACAUAGGAUAGUCGAGUCUUGUAGUAUAAGACGACACUGUCAAGAAAGACGGGUAUAGUCACAAUAAAGUGUUAGCAACGAUUUGUCAGAGGCAGGUAGAAGAGCUGCGCCAGUCUCUGCUCAGUCUCUGUUGCUUCAAGCACUGUGGAGCCUUGCUCCAUUUGCUUUGACUGUUGCUCACUGGUCUUAGGUAGAUUAAUUCUAGUGCUGACCUGUUUUUAUGAAUCAAGUAUUUCUGUCCUCCCCUGCUCCCCUGGCUUCUCUCUGGCAUGAUUUUACUGAAAAACGUCAGAGGGUCCAAUCUUGUUUGGUUAUUUUUCUCUUGUGGCUUUCCAUAAGUAGUUGUUCUGCCUGGAUUUACUUGCAUCCUCCUGGCUGUGUUUAUUUUCUUCAGUAUCCUUCGAUCUCAGGUGGCAUAAUUAAGCAGCUUUGGUUUCUUACUUACUGUGUAUGUAGGCACAGCCAACCCCUCUCAUAGUGUUUGGUUUUUUAGAGCUGUUUCUGGUGACUGCCUUUACCUGCACACAUAAGAGCUCACAGGUAGGACGAGUCUUCUGUCUCAGUUGUUCAAUUUUGUUUCCUCCUCUUCAGUCAAAGUGGAUUUCAUGGAAUUUGUUACUUUCUAGCUCCUGAGUGUUGUCACUGUUCUCGGGGGCUAUGUGAUAAAAAUCGCAGUGUCCUUGGAGCCUGCUGUGGGAGGAAAGGCUCAGUGCUCUUGGGUGAGCAGAGGUACUGUGGUGAGAAGUGGGGGCACUGUCGAGGAUAGCAAGACCUCGGGGCUAAGCAACAGAGAAAAGCCAUUUUAAGCAAAAUUUUUGGCCAGAAAGAUGUAGCUGAGAAUUGACAUAGGGGCCUGUUCUCCAGUGAACAUGUUCUAGAUCAUCGGGGAGACUGCUUGCUUUCCAGCACACCUGUCCUGGGGCAGGAAUCCAGUGUGCCCGUGGGGGUAGAGGUUGUUGGUCUUGUCUUUAGAGGAACUUGUUGGCACACCAACUCUGCCAUUCAUCUUAGAAAUUCAUCAGCUGGGUAUCUUGUAAAAGCUUAGGAUGUUCUUCCCCUUCCACCGGUGUGGUGAACUGUAGAGACAUGAUUGGCAAGGACAUGGAUCUUGAUGGUUGCUUUUGUCUGACCAUGGCUUACCAGUGUUAUAGCAGCUUCAGAUUGACUUCACCUUGUGCAAUAAUGAAAUCCGUACCUAUGUUUGUCCAAACGAGAACCACAUUGGAUGUCUGUAAAAACCAUGAAGAUGCCCAACCCUGGACAAAAUUCUCCCAAACACUCUGCAUCAGAGCUGAGUUUUCUUUGUAUAUUCCUAGGCCAAUAGUAAAUUAUGUUUUAACAUGAGUCAGUCUUGCUAAUAAUACAAAAUCUACACCUAGCUGGAAGUUAAACUUUAUCUUCCUGGUAAUUUACUGCCUGCCUACCACUGAUGUCUGUGGAAACAACAGCUGCCAGGCGAUGAGCUGUAGUCUCGAGUUUGCUACAUGGCCACUGACCCUGCUCAUUAAGGCCAUUGCUUGUUACUCAGAUGGAGAGUGUCUUACCACAGUUACUUCUGCUCACUGGACAGAAGUGUCUUUCUGGCUCACACAGUGUGGCCUUAGGAACAUGCAUCUCCAAGAUGGGUUCAUUUACUUAUUUUGGGUUUUUCAAGACAAGGUUUCUUUGUGUAACGAUCCAAGCUAUCCUAGAACUCGCUUUGUAGACCAGGCUGACCUAGAACGAAUAGUGAUCUGCCUGCUUCUGCCUCGUGAAUGUUGGGAUUAUAGGCUCGUACCACCACUACCCAGCAGAAAUUUUUUGAAACAGCUACUGGCUGAAUGAUGUCACCAUAAGGAUUCCUUUUAUUUUAAAGAGUUUUUUUUUUAUAUUUAUUUAUUAUGUAUACAGUUUUCUGCUUGUAUAUAUUGUAUCUUCUGCCUGCAGGUCAGAAGAGGGCACCAGAUCUCAUUAUAGAUGGUUAUGGAUGGUUGCUGGGAAUUGAACUCACAGGACCUUUGUAAGAACAGUCAGUGCUCUUAACCUCUGAGCUAUCUCUCCAGCCGGAGAGUUAUGUUCUUUAUACAUUUGAGAAUGAACAAGUUGAAAGAAUAGACUAUCGUUGUUAAAGAAGUCAAAAGAUUUUAUUCAGAUCUUGUGCAUCAGGAUGUAUGUGUAUAUUGAAGAAAACGUGUUUCAAUUUGAGAACUGGAAAAUUGGAUAUUAUCAUUUCAUAUUUUUAAAUUUAAAAAGAAGACUGUUAUUCCAUUAUUGGUCCUUGGUUUACCAUUGAGCUGCCCUAACCUUUCUUAUGUUUGUUAGUUAUGCACAGGGAAGCAGUGGGGGACUUUGGCAUUCCAGGACAAUACUCUGAAGAGAAGACGGUCCACACAGCUGAGGACCCACUUCCUUUCCAGUCAUUUCUCAGAUGCAUGCAUAGAGCCAGUGCGGCUCCCUGCUGGAGCCUGAGGCCACCUGACAGUAGCCAAGCAUCCCUGGCUGAUUACAUGCUUAGCUUUUUGUUUUUGUUUUUGUUGUUGUUGUUUUGUUCAGACAAGGUCUUGGUUUAUAUUCUUGGUGCCUUGCCUUUAUUCCCAGCACUCUGGAGGCAGGGGCAGGUGGAUCCCUGUGAGUUCAAGGCCAGCCUGGUCUACAAGAGCUAGUUCCCGAACAGGCUCCAAAGCUACAGAGAAACCCUGUCUCGAAAAACCAAAACAAACAAACAAACAAAAAAAAAAACCAACUCAUGCAGAGACCAGGCUGGCUGUAAACUUGCCAUCUUCCUGUCUCUGCCUCCUAAAUAUUGAGAUUAUAGGAGUGUACCACCUUGCUGAAACAAGCAGGGCAUUUCUCCAUUUCCAAGUGUUACAUAGUUAAUCCUUGUAUGUUUAAUGUUGUAAAUAUUUGACUUAUAAUUUAACAUUAUUUUUAUGCCAUGUAGAAGAUGCAGUUUUAUUUUAAUCUUAGAAUAUGCAGGAGAAUGAAGAAAUGGGGGGCAGGAACAUAGCUUCUAUUUUCUUCUAAACGUAUAGUGUUAAAUAUACCAAGAGCAUUAACAUGAAACUAAAGCCUGGAAUUGGCAGACAGGAUAAGCCACUGUAGUCAGAGACAAGUAUGGGAAUUUAAGGGUUCUUCCAGAGCUUGUUUCCAUUUUCUUCGUUGUUGAAACUAGUGUCACCAGUCUGUUUUACCAUUUUAUUUUUAUGGUGAGGCCAUUGGGAGGAUUAGCUUAGGUUCCAGGCUCUAAUGUACCUCUGUGGAAAACAUCUAACACUGAUGCCUUAGAAGUACUCCAUAGAGAAGGAGUGUGUUUGACGUAGAUACAAAAUGUCAGAACUCACUGGGUACACAGAGAAGACGAGGGGAAGCAGAACCCCCAGAUACUGUUCCCUUGAAUGACAGGAGUAAGGCAGACCAGCCCUGAGUAAGCAUGACCACCAUGAGGAUGAGAACAGACAGAACAGCAGAGAACUCUGCAUUGUUCAGAGAACCCCAAGAAGCUUUGUCCCCUCCCCCACAGCAUUGCCAGAAUGUUGGGCCCAAAAGAAGGAGCAGGUUACCAGAUGUUGUGUCCACAGCCUGGGGAGGAGGAAGAUGAUCUGACUUAGAGAACUGGGUCACUGCUCUACAGGGCUCACCUCCAUGAACGACAAAGGAACGUAAGCAACACGGAAGGAGUCCCUGUGCUGUCCGGAACCACGGAGGCCCAGGAGAGAAGGAACAGAGAGACAGUUUGAAGGCUGCAGGAUUCAAGAUGGGCAGUACCCCAUGAGGGACAAGCACAGAUGUGGAUUGCUAAGUCAGUGAGAAACCUGCCUAUUAGGAAGGGCUGCCACUGAUGGACAUACAUCCUACACUAUCAACGGUUUCUUUGGGCCAUGUCAGUGGCAGCAUCAGUGAGAGGGAUUGCCUCCAUUCUGUCUUCUCUACAGAUAACACAAGUGGCCUUAGAGACAGCUAAGAUAAUAUCACACAUUUGGGCUGCCCACCAGCUGAACUUGGCUGUGAGACUAGUGCCAGGCCACCCGUCUGUCAAAGCAGGGCUCCUGGUGCUGUUAAUUCUGUUAAUUUUUCUUCCAAGUACGUUCUGUGACAUAGGAUCUGUAUAUUACUCUUCCUAUGAAACGGUCAUCCCCAAGAGACUGCCAGUCAAGGGGAGUGAAGAUCCCGGAGGAAGGGUGUCCUACAUGCUGUUGAUGCAGGGCCGGCAGCAGCUGCUUCACCUGGAGGUAAAGGGAGACCACUCUGCCAGUAACUUCCCAGUCUACAGUUACCACAAUGGCGUCCUGGGGCAAGAAAUGCCUCUCCUCUCACAGGACUGCCACUAUGAAGGUUACAUGGAAGGGGUGCCAGGCUCCUUUGUCUCUGUCAACAUCUGCUCAGGCCUCAGGGGCAUCCUGAUCAAGGAGGAAACAUCCUACAGCAUCGAGCCUGUGCUCUCCUCCAAAGAGUUCGAACACACCCUGUACACUGUGGCACAUCAGCCUCGCGUCUCCUGCAGUGUCAUUCCCAAAGACAGCCCAGGGGACACUGGGCAGCAGCAGAGGAGCAGGAGACCCGAUGACCCACGGGAGCUGUCUGACUUGUGGUCACACACCAAGUACGUGGAGAUGUUCGUCGUGGUCAACCACCAGCGGUUCCAGAUGUGGAGCAGCAACAUCACCGAGACGGUCCGGGCAGUAGUGGACAUCAUUGCUCUGGCCAACAGCUUCACUAGGGGACUAAACACAGAGAUGGUGCUGGUGGGCGUGGAAGUCUGGUCAGAGGGGGACCUGAUAGAGGCCCCGGUGGACCUGCAGGCUACACUGAGGAAUUUCAACCGCUGGAGACAGGAGGAGCUCCUGGGCCGUGUCAGGCAUGAUGUGGCACACUUGAUCGUCGGGCAUCACCCAGGAGAGAACGAGGGCCAGGCGUUUCUCGAUGGUGCCUGUUCUGGUGGGUUUGCAGCGGCUGUGGAGGCCUUCCAUCAUGAAGAUGUCCUGCUGUUUGCGGCGCUCGUGGCCCACGAGCUGGGGCACAACCUGGGAAUCCAGCACGACCACCCAGCCUGCGCCUGUGACCCUAAGCACUUCUGCCUCAUGCACGAGGAUAUCACCAAGGACAGUGGCUUCAGCAACUGCAGCGCUGACGACUUCUACCGUUUCCUCCAUGACCACAGAGGGGCCUGCCUGCUUGACAGGCCUUGGCACCAAAGCCGCAAGCGCAGAGCUGCCCGUUGUGGAAACGGUGUGGUGGAGGAGUCAGAAGAGUGUGACUGUGGUUCUGCUUGUGACAGUCACCCAUGCUGUGAGCCAACGUGUACACUGAAGGACGGUGCAGAGUGCAGUGAUGGCCUCUGCUGCUACAAUUGUAACUUCAGAAAGAAAGGGGCCUUGUGUCGUCCUGUUGAGGAUGUGUGUGACCUCCCCGAGUUCUGUGAUGGCCAUUCCCAAGAAUGCCCUGUAAACAGCUACAAGCAGGAUGGCACGCUGUGUGACAGGAUUUAUUACUGCUCUGGGGGUUGGUGUAGGAAUCCUGAUAAGCAAUGCACAAAGAUCUAUGGGUAUCCUGCAAGAUCCGCCCCUGACGACUGUUAUAUUUUAAUGAACACCAAAGGGAACCGGUUUGGAAACUGUGGCCAUCCCAGCACUGCUAACUCAGGAUACGAAACGUGUUCUGAUGAGGAUAUAUUUUGUGGCAAACUGGUAUGUACUGAUGUUAGUUACUUGCCACAAGUCAGACCCCUGCACACUCUCCUCCAGGUUCCUUAUGGAGAUGACUGGUGCUGGAGCAUGGAUGCCUAUAACGCUACUGAUGUUCCAGAUUUUGGAGAUGUGCAGAAUGGUACUUACUGUGCCCCUAACAAAGUCUGCAUGGAGUCCUUGUGCACUGACCACACGGUGCUCCAGUACGACUGUGAACCAGAGGAAAUGUGUCACGGAAAAGGAGUGUGCAACAAUCUCAGGCACUGUCAUUGUGAUGAUGGUUUUGCUCCUCCCGACUGCAACAGCCCAGGAAAUGGGGGCAGUGUGGACAGUGGUCCUGUUGGUAAGCCAGCUGAUCGAAACUUGAGUUUAUUUACAAUUUUCGGACAAGAGAAGCCUAAGGUGGAAGAAGAUGAAGAUGUAAACAUGGAAGUGGUGCUGUUUGUGGUCCCUAUAUUUCUUGUCCUUUUACUGUGUUGUCUGAUGCUGAUCGCUUACCUCUGGUCUGAAGUACUAGAAGUAGUAUCUCCAGAGAGUUCAUCAUUUUCUUCAACAGAAUCCUCAGAAGCAGCACCUCCUCGGGGGGCUCCACCCCCCAGGAAGUAUUAUUGAAGAUCUUCUCAUGGUCGCUGCUAUCAACGUCUUUUAUCUGCAGGGCAGUUUUGACUGGUUUUCAGGGUGGACUGCAUCUGCACUGUUUAGUGUAAUGUGUUAUCACCUCAGUAACAACUGCGAUUACAUCGUGAGUGCUUUCAUGGGAACUGAAUGUUAUAACUUGCCCUGUCGGCUGCUGUUGAUAAAGUAGAAGUGGUUUUAAAUAAAUAUAAAUAAUAAGGUCUUUUCCCCCUUCAGAUGAUGCAUCACUCCAGACUAGUCAUCCUCAUAAUGGGAUCUUCAGCUUUCAGGCUUUUUGGACAAGGCCAGACCUCAGGUGCCCAGUAAGUGCUUGGCACAGUAGUCGGCCUCAGCACAGUCCGAGCUCAUAAUAGCAACAUUUAAUUUUUCUAUUUGAUUUCUCAGUUUUUCUAUUGAAUUUGAUUUUUAAAAAUAUUUAUUUAUUAUGUAUACAAUAUUCUGUCUGUGUGUAUGUCUGCUGGCCAGAAGAGGGCACCAGACCCCAUUACAGAUGGUUGUGAGCCACCAUGUGGUUGCUGGGAAUUGAACUCAUGACCUUUUGGAAGAGCAGGCAAUCCUCUUAACCACUGAGCCAUCUCUCUAGCCCCUUGAAUUUGAUUUUUAAAAGAUUUAUUAGCUGUGUAGUAGUGGAGCACACCUUUAAUCCCAGCACUUGGGAGAAAGAGGCAGGCGGAUCUCUGAGUUUGCGGCCACCCUAGUCUACAAAGUGAGUUCCAGAAUAGUUAGGGCUACACACAGAAACCCUGUCUCAAAAAACGAAACAAAACAAAAUAAUGCCUGCAUAUGAGCAUGUGUGCAAGUUGUGUGCCUAGUACCCAAGGAGGCCAGAAGAAGAUAGUGUUGGUUCCUGUGGAACUAGAGUCAGACAGUGUGAGCUGUCAUGUAAGUAUUAGGGCCCUCUGCACGGCCAGCAGGUUCUGGAACUCCUGAGCAUCUCUCCAGCUGCAGCUUGGCAUCUAAUGUCCUGUGACAUCUGACAACACUGCCUGGUCUUCAGUAUGGAGGUGGUCUCCUGUUAGAGCCAGCAGAAAAGCUCGGCUCAUUCCUUAUGACAUGACAGUCAAUGCUGUUAUCUCCCUAGCUCCCAGGAAACAGGCAGAAAGAGCAAGUAGUGAGUACUGCACACCCAAGUUUAACCCAGCAGCCACAUUCCAUGCCCCACGAGCCUUUCCCAUCAGUGAAAAGGAAGAACAAUGGGUGAGUCUGUAAGUGUCCACGCCAUCCCUUUCUCACGCAGAUGCUGAACUCUCAAGAACCUCGUGCACAGUGCAGUCAGUAUGCGGCUGUCUAAACUCUAUCCACUAUAAAUCAAUAGUAUUCUUGCCUAGCACACACAGUCCUCAAUCAGCUAUGGUAUCUCUUGCCUGUAACCUCAGCACUAGGAGGCUGAGGCAGAAGAAUUGCCAUAAAUGCAAGCCCAGCCUGGACUAUAGAGUAAAACCCUUAUAAUAAAAAGUUCUAAUUCAUUGUGUAGUUCUAGAACUAUAUCAAGUCUUGCUUUGUUUUGUAAGUGGAAGAUGCUGGCCCUCAGGAUGACAGCAGUUAGAUGCUAGAAUCUAGGUCCUAGCAGCCAUUUUCAACCAUUUAUGAAGAAGCAACAAAAUAACUUUAAGGUGACCUUGUUCCAGGCCACACCCUCUGCCUAGAGCCAUCAUGCAGAUGAGCUGGCACAGAAGAACACUAUGGGGUUGUGUCCGGGGGACAACCCAGCAGUCUUUGGGGGCCACACUUUCCCAACUGUCCAUUCCUUUCCUCAGCUCUUGUCAGAGCAGUGGUGACACCAGAGCAGGUGGCCUGCUAUGUGCAGCGUCAGUGCUGGAGCGGGAGGGGGGCUAGGGGCUAGGGCAGGCCAGCUGUGCUUGCCACGGGGAUGUUAGAGAGUUAGGACAGCCCCACUCCCCAGACAGCAGGAGACGAGCUAUGCUAGAAUCUGGUCUCAGGGUCUCUGUCUCUCCCUCUUUCUGUCUGUCUCUGUCUGCCUCACCCCUGCCUCUCUCUCAGAAUAUAAAACAAUGUCUUCACUCUCCUUUCAUGCAAACACCAUUGCACAGCCCCUCACUGCCUUGUCAGGUCUCUCUGUGAGUCCUCAAGUGUCUCCUUCAAGGUUCAGAUCAGUGGCCUCUAAUAAAUAAUUUUACUGAGAUCCAGUCCACCUGCACAUGCUAUCAGCUAUACAUCCAGAAUGUGGUGUCUUUUCAGCACCCCGAACCUUCCAGUGCUGGGCAGCUCAGCAUCAGCACCCAUGGGCAAUUGCAGAGGACAUGAAUUGAUCUCUGCUUCUGCCUUGUAGUCAGUGUGGCUCUUAAAUGGAAAUGAGAUCACCAGUGAACUUUUAGAUGUCACUGAUGGAUCCAUAAAGAGGCCUAGAUUGCUUGUGUGACCUGUCAUGUGCUUGUAAGCUCCAGUGGAAUGAUCUGGAUUAGGGGGAACCUUAUAAGCCCAUCGGUGGAGCUUUUUCAUGACUUUUUAAAAAAAAAAUGUUAAUGGGUGUUUUGCCUGCAUAAUAUCUGUGCAUCACAUCUGCCUAUGCCUGGUGUCUGCAGAGCCCAGAAGAGGGGGUUAGAUUCCUUGGAAUUGGGGUUAAAAACCACCCUAUGGGUGCUGAGAAUUGAACCUGGAUCUUCUACAAGAGCAAUCAGUGCUCUUAACCACCCAGCCAUCUUUCUAGCCUUAAAUGACAACUUUUUAAAUUUUUUGUUUGUUUCUUGAAACAAAGUCUCUUAUGCAGCCCAGCUGUUCUGAAACUCGCCACUAUAUAGACCAGGCUGGCCUUGAACUCUUAGAAAUUCACCUGCCUCUGGUCUCUAAGUGCCAGGACUAAAGGUGUGCACCACCAUGCUAGGCUUGCUCUCUGAGACAAUGUUUCAUGUAACCUAGGAUCACCUUGGACCUGGAAUAGAGAUGAGACUGGCCUAGAACUUUUGACCCAUCUCUUGAGUGCUGGGAAUACAGAUGUGCACCACCGCCCAGUUAAAUAAGUGUUCUUAAAAAUGUCUGUCUUCUGCAGGCCUUUAAUCCCAUUGCACUCAGGAGGCAAAGGCAGGCAGAUCUCUGUGAGUUUGAGGCCACCUUGGUCUUCGGAGGGAGUUCCAGGACAGCCAAAAACCAACAACAAAGGGUGCCUAUAUUCAUUAGUCCCUUGGGAGAUGUAGAGAAAAUCACGUAUCUCAAAAAGUAAGGCUAAUAGCCAAUACUGAGAAUUAGAAAUACCCAUAAUGUUUGCAGAGUAUGGGGUAUCAGGUUGAAAUAGUUUAUCACAUUCUAGUAAGAUUUACACUCUGCCAUCUCACGAGCUGGGAUUUCCCUCCCAGAUACAUCUGUCUUCCAGAGACCAUGUACAUUUGUCGUGCACAUCAUUAGUAAUAUCCAAAACGUUGCUUAUAGUAUUGCCCAGACUAGAAGGGGUGGCCAGGGAGUGAGUUGUAAGGGACUACUAGAUUAGCACAGAGAGGACAGAAAUGAGCCAGGGUUUCAUGUGGUAACAUGAUGACAACUUAGAAUGUGAAUAAAGAAGCUAAAUGUAGAUUUUAUACAUGUGCUUGUAUAAAAUCCAGAAAGGCAAAUGAAAUGAUGUUAUUAUAUAUCUAGAAAGCAAAAUUACCAAUGUGGAAAAAACACCAUACAAAGAGCAUGGUUGUGCAUAGUGGGGAAGGUUCAGACAUUCAGUAGUCUAUGGGUAUGGGUUCUGAAGACCUUACAAUGGUAAGUAUUGGGUGAAACUGGUGGCUAAAUAGUUCUAUCUUACUCCUUCCCUCAAAUCUACACAUCUUCAAAAUGUACUGUACCAUUUGGGAAACACUAAGGCCCGACCCAGUACCCUGCAGAUUGAGGACCACUGCUGUCAUGGCUAGCACCCUUGGGUCCCAUCUGCUUUCUUACUUGAACUUCUCUAACCCACAGCCUUGAGACCUCAGCUACUAGAGAGUGAAGCCAGACUUCACACACUUCCAUCCUUUCUCAUUGGUCCCUUAGGAAGUCCCAGGUACACCCUGCAGCUCCAGGGCUGUGGCUACUUGUGUUGCCAGCCUCAGGAGAACCUGUUUCACCAAGAGAACUAAGGGACUCUCUCCAACCUGACAUUAGGACUGUGGCUGCUGAUGCCACUUGUCCUACAACACGCCCAGUGUUAUGUGUGCUUGUCCUCAAGGCGGUACACAGUACAUGCUGCUACUCUAGUACCAUCUGCAUAUAGCUUGUGUACACUAGGGAAGGGCUUCCUGAUACUAACUGCUCGUGCAAAAAAUUCCAGGCCCAGCCGGCGGUGGUGGCGCACGCCUUUAAUCCCAGCACUCGGGAGGCAGAGGCAGGCGGAUCUCUGUGAGUUCGAGACCAGCCUGGUCUACAAGAGCUAGUUCCAGGACAGGCUCCAAAACCACAGAGAAACCCUGUCUCGAAAAACCAAAAAAAAAAAAAAAAAAAAAAUUCCAGACCCAGCCUAGCUUGUCUCUCAGGAUAAGAAGGUUCCAAUCUGCAUCCUGUAGCCCCAGGAUCAUGAAUACCAAUGACACAGGCUUUAGUUACAUCAGUACUGUUCUGUGUAACUUAGGCACAUUGCUAUCUAUGUCUUAUAGCUCCAAGACUUCAAUUACUAAAGUUAUAUGCUUCAAUACUACAUGCACUCACAGGACAGGAGAGAUUUUCAUAGAUUUGAGACCCAGACUUCGGUACCAAAACUCUGAGUAUGUAAGAUUUUCCCUUGGUAACAGCCAGUAGCUUUAGCACUACAACCCCUUGACUAUCUGUAGUCAUCCUCCAAAGGAUCUAGUGGAGGUUCUCUUUGUCACACACAACCUCGAGCUUGCAAUUCCUGGCACUACACCCUAUAUUAAUUGUGCCCAUCCCAGGGGAGCUUGAGAAGAGUCUCUCCUUCCUGUGGAGUAGCAGAACAGUUCUACUUCGUGUGUUUUGACUUAUAGAUCAUGCCUACAUGUGUCACGGAUGUUAGCCUUACCUCUGUCCUGAACAAACUGUCUCCCUCUGGUACCACUGAGGUAGCACUCACCAUGAAACCAAGUGCCAUCCAUACUCAACUGCAGAGAGGGAAGACACCAAGCUGCAUAAUUCAUAAUCGCUAGUCUCCAGGUUCUCACUCACUCCUGACUAUAAUGGUAUUUUAUUUGUGUUUUAAUAAAUAAAGCUUGCCAGAAGAUCAGAGUGCACAGCUAAGUCACUAGAGGCUGGGAGUGGUGGAUUUAAAGUCACUCUGGGCUACAGGAGAUUGAAUCUGUCUAAAAGAAAAAUAGAAUUCACACAAAGGUGCUCCCAGUACUUGGUAGUCACAUGCCUGUAACCCCAAUAGCACUAGGGAGGUGGAGACAGGAGGGAUAUGGUUGGGCAGAGAGGUAUAUAAAGCAGGAGGAGACAAGAGCUCUUUGCAGCUUGAGGUUUGGUGGAGAGCAUUGCAGUCUGCAGUCACACUGAAGACAGGACUGCCCCCUUUGUUUUAGCCUUGGUAGAGGUAAGAACUCUCCAGUGACUUGGCUGCUUUGCUUUUCUGAUCUUCAACUUGAACCCCAAUAUCUGUCUCUGGGUAUUUGUUAGUUGUGCUAUAUCUGGUGCCCAACUUUUGGAAUACAAACCAACAUAGGCCGAGCUACAUGUAGACAGAGUCCCCACCCUACCAGGUAGGCUUCUCUUUAUUCUUUCCUGGUGGGCUUUCUCUGAACCCCGUUCUUGGGCUUCUGCCAAAUUAGGUAGCUGCCUUAAAAUCCAAUCAGGCUUUUACUGUUCUAUGCAGCAGCAAUAAGCCUCACAUCUUCAUCAUCACUGGCAUCAGAUUUGGGGAGAAAACUGGGAAUUCUUUAAAGGAGGAAUUUAAUUAAAAUGGAGUUUUUACCCCACAUAAAAUUGGGAACACAAUUUGACAGAGAUAGUUAUGUCUUUGAAGCCGGGUGGCGGUGGUGCACACCUUUAAUCCCAGCACUCGGGAGGCAGAGAUAGGCAGAUCUCUGUGAGUUCGAGGCCAGCCUGGUCUUCAAGAGCUAGUUCCAGGACAGGAACCAAAAGCUACGGAGAAACCCUGUCUCGAAAAAUCCAAAAAAGAAAAAAAGAAAAAGAGCUAGUUCCAGGAGAGGCUCCAAAGCCACAGAGAAACCCUGUCACAAAAAAGAAAGAAAAAAGAAAGAAAGUU